CCGCGGGACGGGGGGGAGACGGCGAUGGUGGAGGAGGAGGGGGGAGGAGGGGGCGGGCGAGAGGGGGGGAGGGGGGCCCCCUUACCCCCACUCCCGACGAUGGCGGGAAGAGGAGGAGGAGAGACGGGGGAGCAGGUCUACAAGAUCGCCCUGUACGUCAAGGCGGGCAGCGACGGAGAGAGCCUGGGUAACUGCCCCUUCUCCCAGCGGCUCUUCAUGAUCCUGUGGCUGAAGGGGGUGGUCUUCAACGUGACCACCGUGGACCUGAAGAGGAAACCGGCCGACCUGCAGGCCCUGGCGCCGGGCACCAACCCGCCGUUCGUGACCUUCAACGGGGAGCUGAAGGUCGACGUCAACCUCAUCGAGGAGUUCCUGGAGGAGAAGCUCACCCCCCCACGGUACCCCCGGCUGGCCCCCCGCCACAAGGAGUCUCACACCGCCGGCAUCGACGUCUUCGCCAAGUUUUCUGCCUACAUCAAGAACCCCCGCAAGGACACCAAUGAAGCUUUGGAGAAGGCCCUCCUCCGUUCCUUGCGGCGUCUCGAUGACUUCCUGCGAACGCCGCUGUCGGAGGAGAUUGACGCCGACGAUGCCGGCGACCUCCCCGAGUCACGACGCCGCUUCCUGGACGGCCCCGAGCUGACCCUGGCCGACUGCAACCUGCUGCCCAAGCUGCACAUCCUCAAGGUGGUGGCCCGGAAGUACCGCUCGCUGGAGAUCCCCGCCGACAUGACGGGCGUGUGGCGUUACCUUGACAACGCCUCCCAGCGCACAGAGUUCACCUCCACCUGCCCCGCAGAGAGGGAGGUGGAGAUCGCUUACCUGGACGUAGCGAAGCGCAUCCAAUAGAGGGAGGGAGGGGGGAGAGAGAGAGGGAGAGGGAGAGAGGGAGGUAGAGAUUGCAUACCUGGACGUAGCCAAACACACCAACU